AUGGACUCUACUCACCACUGGCCUUAUUAUGCAUCCGCAUGGCUAGCUGCCCUAGCUCUCAUUCUCAUUUCUCGCCGGCUACGCCGUUCCCGCAAACUCAACUCUCCGCCGGGACCCAAACCUUGGCCGAUCAUCGGCAACCUCAACCUCAUAGGCUCCCUCCCCCACCGUUCCAUCCACGAUCUCUCCCAAAAAUACGGUGAUAUAAUGCAACUCAAGUUCGGUUCCUUCGACGUCGUCGUAGGAUCCUCCGUCGAGAUGGCCAAGGUCUUCCUCAAGACCAUGGAUGUCAACUUUGCCUGCCGCCCUAAGACCGCCGCAGGAAAAUACACCACCUAUAAUUACGCCGACAUCACCUGGUCUCCGUACGGACCGUACUGGCGCCAAGCUCGUAAAAUGUGUCUCAUGGAGCUGUUCAGUGCGAAACGCCUCGAGUCGUACGAGUACAUCCGAGUCGAGGAGAUGAGAUCGUUGGUGAAAUCGAUUUUUGAUUCGGCGGGUGUGGAGAUCUUGUUGAAGGAUCUGUUGUCGACGGUGAGUUUGAAUGUGAUUAGUCGGAUGGUUUUGGGGAAAAGGUAUUUGGAUGAAUCGGUUGAGUCGAACUCGGUGAUAAGUCCAGAUGAGUUUAAGAGGAUGCUAGACGAGUUGUUUUUGUUGAACGGCGUGUUUAACAUCGGAGAUUCUAUACCUUGGAUCGAUUUCAUGGAUUUACAGGGUUAUGUGAAGAGGAUGAAAACGGUGAGUAAGAAAUUCGAUCGGUUUUUGGAGCAUGUGUUGGAUGAGCAUAAUGAGCAGCGGAGGGCCGCCGGAGAGAGCUUCAUUGCGACGGACAUGGUGGAUUUGCUGUUGCAGCUUGCUGAUGAUCCAAAUCUUGAUGUUAAGUUAGAAAGAAAUGGCGUCAAGGCUUUUACACAGGACUUGCUUGCUGGUGGAACUGAAAGUUCGGCGGUCACUGUUGAAUGGGCGAUUGCUGAACUUCUGAAGAAACCUGAGAUAUUCCAAAAGGCAACUGAAGAGCUUGACCGUGUCAUAGGCAAGGAUAGGUGGGUUCAGGAGAAGGACAUGCCUAAUCUACCUUACAUUGAGGCAAUUGCUAAAGAGACAAUGAGGUUGCAUCCUGUGGCACCUAUGUUGGUUCCUAGAAGAGCUCGUGAGCAUUGUAAAGUAGCUGGUUAUGACAUUUCGGAAGGAACACGUGUGCUUGUUAGUGUUUGGACGAUUGGGAGAGACCCUCGAUUGUGGGAGAGACCAGAAGAAUUUUGUCCAGAAAGAUUCAUCGGAAAGGAAAUUGAUGCCAAGGGUCAUGACUUUGAGUUGUUGCCAUUUGGUGCAGGACGAAGGAUGUGCCCAGGGUACAGUCUAGGAUUGAAAGUGAUCGAAGCGAGCUUGGCAAAUUUGCUCCAUGGGUUUAACUGGAAACUACCAUCUACAACGACUAAAGAUGACUUGAACAUGGAAGAAAUAUUUGGUUUGUCGACUCCGAAAAAGAUUCCACUUCUUACCGUGGCUCAUCCAAGGCUUCCGGUUGAAAUGUAUCGGCUCUAGAUGGCUUUGUUGUCUAUGAGCAUUUAUCACGUUUUGUAUGGAUAUGUUAGGUUUGCAGAUGGAUUAAAAUUAUGAUGUUUAUUACUUUAUAA